UUCUGCUUUGCUGUUAGAAGGCGGCAGCUUUUAAGGCUGAGCUGAGAUGUUUGAAAGGUGGAACACUCUUGACCAUGAAAUAUGUUCUCCUUACUCGCCUCAGCCUUUCAAAGUUCUGUGCAUUAGAGUCAGGGAUUCCAUUCUUCCUGGAGCUAAGCGUGGGGCCAGCUGUAGUCAGCCCUCCUUUCUCCUGGGGAAGGCUGAUAGGAGUUUAAAAGGCUUGCGGUGGCCAGUGCACAAAGCGUUCCCAGAACCCGCAGCGACCCUUCUCUUUACCUCUGCCUGUUGGAGACCACUUAGCGAAGCCGACUGGACGGCUGGAUUCAGGAAGCCAUGAAUCAUGUCACCAGGAGCCAGCUGCAGACUUUAAACUCAGUUCAGCAUGUGGAAGCGGCAGAGAAAUGACCUGUCCAGACAAGCCGGGGCAGCUCAUAAACUGGUUUGUCUGCUCCCUGUGUGCCCCACGAGUGUGUAAACUUUGGAGUAGUCGGCGUCCCAGGACCAGACGGAACUUACUGCUGGGCACUGCAUGUGCCAUCUACUUGGGCUUUCUGGUGAGCCAGGUGGGCAGAGGCUCCUUCCAGCAUGGGCAGGCAACUGACAGGGGACCACCCAACAGUCACGACAUCUUCAAGGUACCCUUCCCGGAGAUUCCUCUGGAUGGUACCCUGGCCCCUUCAGAGUCGCAGGGCAAUGGAAGCACACUGCAGCCCAAUGUGGUAUACAUUACUUUACGCUCCAAGCGCAGCAAGCCUGCGAAUAUCCGUGGCACGGUGAAACCCAAGCGCAGGAAGAAGUAUGCGGUGGCAUCUGUAGACCCUGAUCAGGAGGUGCUGGUUAGACCAUCUCUUAUACAGCAGGAAGUUGCACGGGGAGCAGAUGCUAAAGUACUUGGCUUUGUUCAGGGUUACCUGACCAAGGUUGGUGAACGACCUUGGAGGGUGCUGCAUGGUCCUGGAGUCAGAACUAGAGGUUCAAACUUGCAGCAGCUUAGGGUCCAAGAGAGCAACAUUAGGAUUUACAGUGAGAGCGCCCCCUCCUGGCUGAGCAAAGAAGACAUCCGCAGAAUGCGCCUCCUGGCUGAUGGUGAGGUGGCUAGCAUCCUACCAGCAAUCUCUAAGAGUGGUGCCCGCUUGCUGGUGUUGGAAGGGAGCACCUCAGGCUCUGUGCCUGGCUGCGGGCCUAGCCCCUGUGGGCUUCUCAAGCAGCCUCUGGACAUGAGUGAAGUGUUUGCCUUCCACCUGGACAGGAUCCUGGGUCUCAAUAGAACCCUGCCAUCUGUGAGCAGGAAAUUAGAGUUCAUCCAAGAUGGCCGACCUCGCCCUAUCAUUCUCUGGGACUCAUCUCUAGCAUCUGCAAGCAAUGACAGCCAUUCUUCUGUUAAGCUCACCUGGGGAACUUAUCAGCAGUUGCUAAAACAGAAGUGCUGGCUGAAUGGCCGAGUUCCCAGACCUGAGUGGGGCUGUACUGAAAUCCAUCAUCACGAAUGGUCCAAGAUGGCUCUCUUUGACUUUUUGUUACAGAUUUAUAAUCGCUUGGAUACAAAUUGCUGCGGAUUCAGACCUCGCAAGGAAGACGCCUGUAUACAGAAUGGACUGAGGCCAAACUGUGAGGACCAAAAUUCUGUGACUUUAGCACACAUUAUCCAGAGAAAGAAUGACCCAAGGCAUUUGGUCUUCGUAAACAAUAAGGGCUUCUUUGACAGAAGUGAAGACAACUUAAACUUCAAAUUGUUAGAAGGCAUCAGAGAGUUUCCUGAAUCUGCAGUUUCUGUUUUGAAGAGCCAACACUUAAGGCAGAAGCUCCUUCAGUCUCUGUUCCUUGAUCAGGUUUAUUGGGAAAGUCAAGGGGGCAGGCAAGGCAUUGAGAAGCUUAUUGACGUGAUAGAGCGUAGGGCCAGAAUCCUUAUCACCUACAUCAAUGCACACGGGGUUAGAGUAUUGCCUAUGAACGAAUGACAAAUGGCUUUCUGCCUUGAGGGCCAUACAGGCGUCACAUUUGGUUUUUCUUCAAUACAAGGUAUCAACCUAAAGUGUUUCUAGGAAUGAGGCAGCAUAGUUGAAUACAUGAAACGGAUACAGUUUAUAUCAUGAACUGAAUUUAAAAAUUUUGUAGAGUUUAAAGGUAUGCAGAUUCAAGAAGUUUCAGAAUAACAUAUCACUUGCACAAUGCCUGAUGACAUUUUCUCCUAAGACUCUGAUAUGUGGGUCUCAGCAUCAUCAUUGUGCAGUGACCCGAAUGAUUAUACCUACCGAUGUUUAAACCAUUUUCAUGUCAUUUGAUGGAACAGUAUACACAAGAGACACUGGGUCUUCUAACAAAUCAUUCCCAUGCCAUUUGACUGAUCUGAUCAGCUGCUAGCAGUGAGUUGAUUGACAUUCUCUCAUUGCUGAUGGUUACAACAACUUUUCCAACCCUAUCGGGAGGCAAUUCCACAUCAGGAAAUUGAGGCGUGUGAUCUUCAAGAGCAGCAGUCUUGAAACACCUUCUAAGUAGACAUGGUAGUAGACUCAUUACAAACGAUCAGUCUGUUUUCUAGAGUCUAAGAUAAUCAGCUACCUUUGAGCAGCAAAAAUCUCCUAUCCUUCUCUUUUUAAGAAAUUUGUUGACAGCAUAGAAAUAUCCAUAUAUAAAAAUCAAUGUAUUAGUUCAAUUUGCUGUCUCAAUUUUGAUCCAAUUUAUGCCUUCUGGUUAGAAAACUAAAAAGUUAUAAGGUAUAUUGUUACCUGUUUGAAAAUUUACUUGUAGCAUCUCUUACUGUUUUUACUGAUUGGUUAGUUUAAAAAAAAGUUAAGGUUUCACAUAGCUCAGGCUGGCUUUGAACCCUUUAUGCAUCAGUGGUCUUCUGGUCUUUGAUGCUCUGUCUCCCAAGUGUUGGGAUUAUAGAUAGGUAUGCAAUGCCAUGCCCUGUAGAGCUCAGGGUUAAACUUGGGCCUUCAGUCAUGCUAGAUAGGCACUGUAUGACUAAGCCCCUAACCCCAGCCUACUUUUUAAUGAAUACUUAACAAUUUUUCAUUUUAUAAAGGAUAUGCUAUGAUUUCUGAAGUUUUUUCUUAAUCAUAGAGGACUUCCUUGGUGUAAUUAGGUUUCAUCUGAUUUAACUGAUGUUAUCUAGGUACUGAUGAUUAAGUUCAGAUAUUAAAUCUAUUAUGUAGUUCAGUUCAAUACAAGAAAUCUUAAUGAAACCCAAUGCACAUGACUGCAUCUUCUCACGAAGAACACAUGGAUAAGUAUAUGACAACAAAUUAGGUAAAUUUAGUCUCAACUAACUCUCCCCAAAUCCCUAUUUGAAAGGUCAUUGAUUAGCCAGUGUGGUGAUACAGACCUGAAAUCUCAGCGCCCAGGAAGCCGUGCAAGGUUUGCAAGUCUGAGACUAGUUUGGUCUUCAUAGUGAUAUCCUGUCUGAAAUGUGCCCCUCUCUUCAUAAAAGCUGAUUUACUGACUUUCUUUUCCUUUUGGAAACUUGAAAAUAAAAAGUUGCACAUUUUUAGCAUAUCUCUAGUCUCUCUCUUUUUUUUUUUUCAGUUUUGUCCCUAGCACACAAAAUGUUUUCUGUCUUCUGGUGAAGAAUAAUUUGAUAUUGAUGUGAACUUUUAAAAACAUAGCAAUACAGGCUAUAUCAUAGAAAAAAUACCUGUGUAGAUUAUAAUUGAUACAAACACACCAACUUGUCAAAAUAGUAAGUCAAAAUGUUAAGUAUAGGAGAAGACAGACCAAGUGAAGAGGCAUCCACUGACCCUCUCGGUUCUGCUUUUCAAGGCUCAUGUCCAAUCACUGCGUCUACCAUCCUGUAUGUUUCCUUUCGUUUGGCAUGAUGAACUUUGUCAUGUUCCUACAGUUCCCUCCACUGUGAUCUAAGUAUGACUGUGGGCCCUGGUGAGUCCCUAUAUUGGCUGUUCUCUAUGAGUUUUGUCUCACGAAUCAUCUUAAUUAUCCUUGCCAGCACUUUUACACUCCCACUUGACUUAGAAUUAAAAGAUUUUUGCCAAGUUGUCUCAUACCUUUUCAAGAUGACCUACGUUUAUUGUAACACUUUUUUAUUUUUUCAGAAUUUACCAUUUUAAUUCACAUUGUGAUAUUAAUUACAGACAUUCUGGUUUCUUAAAAUCCUGCUUUCCUGCCUCUCAAGUUAGGAUGCUUCUGAGCAGGCUGGCCUCCUCCAGAUAUAUCUGACUGUAUUUUUUGUCUAGUUAUUUCAACAUGCUUAAUUCUAAGCAAAAGGGUCAAGAACAUUGGUUACUUUUAUAACUUGUCUUUAAGGAUUUAGUUUUACUUUUUAUUGUGCAUGCAUAUGUAUACAUAUGCACAUGCAUACGCAGUACCCAUGGAAGCCAGAAGAAGGGCAUCAGAACCUCUGAAACGGUUGUGAGCUACCUUACUUGGAACUCAACUAAGGUCCUCUGGAAGAGCAGUGAAUCUCAACAGCUGGGCAUCUCCUCAUUCUUUACAUUCAUUUUUUAAUGAUUUAUUUUGUUUUGUAAAUAGUGAGUAAUUGAUGGUGCAUUAGUUUUGAAUAAUAGCUGCAGGCCAAACUCUGAAUUCUAAUAAGUAACAUUCUUCUUUCAUUGAAAUGAUGAAAAUGUUUUUGUAUUUCAGAUGUGCUCAAAAACUACUGUGAUUUGGUACAUAUUAGCCCAUUAUGUGGUUUAUUUGCUCUAACAGAUGUAAAAAUAGAAAAAUUUACCUUGGCUCACAUACAAGAGCUUAUUCUGGUGUGACUUGUUUCAUUUUAGCUGAUAUGAAAAUGCACAUGUGUCUUAGAUCUUGUAAUAAAAUUUUACAAAUUAAA